CAGUGGCCUCUGCUUUAGACAGUGAGAAUCUGCAGAGGUGUCACUUCACACCUCUGUGGCCUGGCCUGGACUUAUAAACCAGUGCAACAGAGCUGAGGAGCACUCACAGCUUCCCAGUCUCUCCAGUCAGACCACAGAGUCCCUCUAGACAACAUGGAUACCUCCUCGGUCCCUCUGCUCAACUACGGCCUGCAGUACCAGUGGUUCUCCGACUCGGACUUCUCCUCCUCCUCAGAGACCAUCUCCCCUGUCCCCUCCAUGGACUCCAGCCUCUCUCCUUCCUUCCAGCAACUGCCACAGUCCACUCCUAAGACAGCUAAGACUGGAUAUUCUCAGACCCUCAAAUCCUCGGCCUGCUCUCUGUCCGGACGCGGCAGGAAGACGGGCCGAACCACCCGGAUGCGUAGCAAGCAGAGGGAGAGCGCCAGCGAGAAGGAGAAGCUGAGGAUGAGGGAUCUGACCAAGGCUCUGCAUCAUCUCAGAUCCUAUCUCCCGCCCUCUGUGGCCCCAGCAGGACAGACCCUGACAAAGAUAGAGACUCUCCGCCUCACCAUCCGCUACAUCUCCUACUUGUCGGCCCAGUUGGGCCUCAGCGAGGAGGCGCUGUUUCAGAGGAGGGAGCAAGGAGACACCUCGGCCAGUGACACCUGCUCCCCUGACAUCAGCUACUUCCAGCACAGCUCCAUGAGGGGACAGGAGGCCCAGCUGCAGAACCAGAGCCUGAACCAGAGCCUGUACCCGGCCCAGUGUUACAGCCAGAACGCCAUGCUGCAUUCUGAGAGCUGUAGAUUCGGAUCGGAUCAGUACAGCAGACAGUACAUUGAAGCCCCUCAGGGAGACUUUAGCAUGGAUGUCAUGUCACCUCCAGCCACACAGCCCUGCUGUCAGAUGUGCGGCAAAGACUUCUGCAAGCCGUUGGUUCCCAGAGAGUAUUGGGGUUAA